ACAACAACAACAACAACAGCAGCAGCAGCAGCCUUUGCACGCCUUGGUGGAGGAAGCGAGAAGACGACUAGCGUGUCCAUUGCCUGCACCCAUCGCAACUUUGCCAAAUGCAUGCAUGCGGGCAACCUACCUCAACUCGUGUGGUGCGGUUCUCGUGCAAUCCCCGAGCCAAGUCAAAUGCAUCCUCCCAGACACAACCACCUAUCCCUGUCACAACAUCUUUCCAUCCCAGGAUGUGGAAGACGAAGAAGCAGAUGUUGUCUGCUUUGACUUGUCUGCACAAGACUUUGGCUGCCUGCUGCAUCAUCUCAACUGGAGCCAACUCGAAGCGAGCAUGCGCAACUCUACGCAGCAGCAACGACAAUCGCUCACAGCAUUCCUCACCCAAUUCCAGACCAUCCAAUCUGGGGGUAGCGAGCGUGUGGAGCGCGUGGCUCUCUCCUUGCGGGCGGCAGAAGCUGCCUGCUUUAUUGCUGUGUCGAGCCGCCUCGCAAGCAUGGGUGAUGCUGCAUUGGCUCACCCUCCGUUGUGGUGCGCGCGGGUGCAGAGCGUGCUUGCAGGCAUGGAGGACAAGCUGCGCCAGUCCCAAGCAGGGUUUCUGUUCCACACCACACCAGAAACGCGCAUGCAAUCGUGUCUACAGCGUCUGCACACCUUCUCUGCGUGGGGGCAUCCAACGCUGUCACCAUACGUGCUCGCUGAUGCCGGCUUUGUGCACGCGCCAACGGAUUCACAGCCGCAUCGCGUGCGCCACUACACCGCCAUGUGCAACAACAACAACAACAACAACAACAACAACAACAACAGCGCUGCCACCAACGCACCCAACGACACCCACGCCACGUUUGCGUGUGACUCCCCGGCUUCCAUCGCUGCUCUCCUCCAAUACAUCGAGCACAGCUCAACGCGCAGCGCACUUCCGGAUGCGGGCUGGACAAGCAUGCACGCCCGCAACAUCCCCCUGCACACGGCCAUCAACAACCUGCCUGGGCGCACGUACCCGUCGCACACACGCACGAGCGAGAGCGGGGCUGGCGGAUGGUACUCCUGCGAUGACUUUGACACAGACGAGUAUGAUGAUGACGACGACGGGAGAGAAGAAGAGCGUGACAGCGAUGAACAUGAUGAUGAUGAUGAUGGUCACGACGGCGACACCGCUGUACGUGGCGGAGCUGGAGACAACGCGACCUGGACAGGACACGCGAACGAACCGCACUCCUAUCGUCUGCACCACGGCUGUGACCAUGGAAGCAGAGGAAGCAGUCGUGAACGGUCAACGGAUGGCAUGGAUGGUAAUGGUGGUGCGUUCGACGUGAAUGCUGCUGACAUGCAGUCUGGUGAUGAUGACGAUGAUGACUAUGAUGAUUAUGAUGAUGAGGAAGACGAUGAAGAUGGUGCUGCUUACGAUGCUGGUGAUGGUGACGAUGCCAGAGAGGGUGAGCCGGGGAGUUGGGUGUAUGACAGUGACGCUGUGAGCGAUGGUGAGCGAGCCCGAGCUGAUGAGAGUGAUGACGCCAGCGCUGACUCGGAGCAAACGUGGCUGCACAAUCAAGCCGCUGCGGCGCUUGCAUUGUCAACGGCGUCGGCAACACCGCCUUCCAUCCCGCUUGUUGGCGAGAGCAAAGCGUUACACACGCUUGUCAUGGCGUGUCCUGACUCCGGCACUGUGUCGGUGUGGGGUACGAGCCCUGAACUUGCCCUGCUCACGCAUUUCAACACGCGCACGUGCGACGUGGGCUCCCUGCUUUGCUCGCCUGUACUAUUGCAACAUUGCAACCGACGCAGCAGUGCUAAGCCCAGCAAUGUCUUGGUCGUCAGGCAAGACGGCGGUGUUUCCUCAUCACCACCGGCCUCCGCCCGAACAUCGAACGACAACGACGACAAUGAUGCUGAUGCUGAUGCUGAUGAUGAUGAUGAUGAUGAUGAUGAUGAUGAUGAUGAUGAUGAUGAUGAUGAUGAUGCGAGCGUGGGCGAUGAGGCUGGCAUGUGGCCCACUGCGCGCCGUCCCUUGAUUGACCAUGAGGCUGCAGCGCUGCUGGAAGCAGGCCUGCUUGAGUUUGGCGAAAUUUUGCAUGUGGGUGUGAUGGGACAGCCGCUGCCUUUCUUGCCGCUCUUCGUGCACGUGCUGUUCUCUGCGGGCUCCGAGGGCUCGCUGGUUGCCGUGUUCCGCGUCGACUCUGCACUCGCUUCAUUCGCCGAGACGCCAGAUGGAUACUUUGUUUCGCCCGUGGAUCACCUGGAACAAGGACUACGCUUCCCAACGCUGAGUGCAACUGCAUCGCACUUGCAGCGCCGACACGCCGAAGUGCUGCAGUUCUCAGACAAGCGCACGCUGGAGCACGCUCAGUGCGUAGGCGGGUUUGCUGUGCCCCUUGCACAGGUCUUCGCCUGCUGUGAAACUUGCGACGCAGCAGAUGGUAACAGCACAGCUACCAGUGAAGAUGGUGAUGAUGCAUUGCCGCGUUGUGUGAUUGCCAUUGGCAACCACGAUGAACACGGCCCCUGCGCGGCAGUGAUUUCGCUACGCGAUGCUCUUCUGCGCAACACGACUGCAGGAGCAAGGUGGUGCAGCGCGCAGUGGCUGGUUAUUCCGCUUCCGGCUGAGUUUUCAGACCCUGCAGAGGGUGUGCGCAUCACUCCGACACCCACAGGCUGCAUUGCCCUUGAUGCGGCCUCAGGUAUUGCCGUCCACGUGCACGCACGGAAAGCGGCAUGCCACCGACUCAGCGUUGCAGACCCAUCGCUCCGCCUCCCUAUUGGCGCCGUUCACUUCAACGCUCGCACCUCCGAAGUUGGUGUUGUGGACGCCACGCCCCAGCUCACCACGUUCGCUGUGCCCCCAUACCUCCUUUCACCAACACGCCGGCACCAGUCCGAAGAGCCCCUGACGUCCCUUGCACCGAGCAUUGACCAGGUGCCCUCGCUGAUUUCGCCGGUUCAGCUGCUCCCGAAGCACGCGAGCGCCCCUCACAUCAUCGCCACCACAUCAGCGCCUCUUGCACUGGCGCAUACCUGUGCGACCGAUGCCGCGAGCAACACCGAGCCUGCUCUCGAUGCCGGUGUCUCGUCGUCCCUGUGCCUGCACGACCUGCCGCCCGCGUGGCCGCCGCCUCUGCGUGCCGGCAUGGUCUGCGUUGGCGGUGAUGCUGUGGUUUCUGCGGGUGCAGGUGUUGAACCGCCACGUCAACCGCCAUCACCGCUGUCCCUGCCACCGCAAUCAUCGCCAUCCCCUUCAUCUGCCUCUUCUUCGACGCCUGUGCAGGCUGUGCAGACGUUUGCCGCCCCUGUUGAAUUCGUCUUGAAUGGCGACAACCCCUUGCGUGUGCGCGCAGCACCAUCGCUGGACGCAGAACCGCUUGGUGUUCUUCGAAAGGGCGGGGUGGUGCACGCCGUCGCACGUGCAAGCGGGGACUGGCUGCAAAUCCAAUAUGCUGCCAAGACCAAAGGCAAGAAAAAGAAGAGCAGGAAGAAGACCAAGGCCCAGGGCACCGAGGAGCCCGUGGCCCUGGCUUGGGUGAAGCAGUUUGCCAUCACACGACAGGGCCUCACCACCAAGACGCUCAGGCGCACCAAUGAGCCACAGCAAGACGAUGUCCGGUUGUGUGAAGGCGAGGUGAUCGCGAGAGUCGGCCACGUUCCAGCCGGUGAUGCCGUGUCCGCAGCGUUCCACGUCAAAGCGCGUGGCCAAGUUACCAGCUGUCGCGUUCACGUCUCUGUGAGGCGAUUGCUGGCCUGCUCCGAGGCACAGGAUGUUGCUCGUGUGGAGCAGAGCUCCGUUGUACUUGUGUUUGAACCAGCAUCUUCAGCGCCAACACAGCCAAGCGUCCUUUGCAUUCCUCUGCAAAAGUGCCAGCUGCUUGAUGGUCCCGAUGACACGUGGAUGGCGGACGUCCUGUUUUGCCCGCUCGAACAUGGCGUUUCGGCCUGCACCCGGGUGUUGCAGGUGCACGUGUGCGGGCCUGCUGCGACCCAGGUUCGCGACGUUCGCCUCGGUCUCCUUGCUGCACAACGCCCCCUGCCACAACCGUACGCUGCCGACGUGUCCACGCUGGUUGGCGAUGGUAUCCUUGGCAUCACAGGCCUGACCUGUGACGCCCCGGCCCAGCUCUCCCACGCCGCGCGUAUAAUGAAACACAGCCUUCACCUGUUUGUGUGCGCGCCACGUGUUCUGAUGCAAGAAAGCGCGCUUCGGCGGCUGCUUCGUGAUGGGUUCAUCACCAACCCUCACCCCGGCCUCAGCCCCGUGCCAGCGAUAGCCCGCUGCGCCGUCCACGCCGCCCCUGCGUCCUCCAAGCAGGCACGCGAUGCCAUUGCGGCGCAGUUGCUUGCGCUGUUGCCGGACAUGCAGCAGCACGCUGCCACUUGCACACGUCUUCAGGAGGCACUCGAUCUUCUCUUUGAGUUUGGCAGCGCCAACCCGCGUGCGCUUGUCUGCGCGGCGAUGCGCGCCCUUCUGCGCGUCGCACACGACAUGCUUGAGAGGCACAGCGCCAACGCCGCCAUGUAUCAUGCGCUCCAUGGCAUGUGCGGCAAAGCUGCGCCCGUGCUCGAGCCGAUGCUCUUCUCCCUGGACCGGCUCACCCUGCCCCUGAUCACCACAGAUGACAAAGAACCUCACUCCCCGUCAACGCCAACCGCACCAACAACAACGACAACGAGCAACAACACUGCCGACAGUGCUGCUGGCCAGCGUUCACACCAGUACCACCCAACGCCGCAUCGCACCAGUAAAAGUGUUGGCUCGGCGUGCCCGCUGCCCCUGCGCGUGUGCUCAAGCCUGUCCACGCAAGGCGUCACCGCAAGCGCCCCAGAAGGCCUCGACGCCACAGUUUUCCAACGCUACAGGGUGGAUUUCCCCGGCGCACAUCGGCAAGCAUCGGCGGUGGUUGAGGUUCCACACGCUGUCGUGACUGGCCUCGUCAUAUCGCUGGCUGCAAACGACCGCACCCUGCGCAUCACAUGCACCGGCGGCCCCACGUUGACCGAGAUCACGCUCGUGCACAUUGGCACAUUCACGCUUGAUGAAGUCGACAGCACAACGAUCAACGCCGACCUCGCGUUGACGUGCCGCUUUCUUCAAUUCCAGUGCGAUACCGUCACCCCUGCAGCCCAAGGCGCUGCCGGCGACGACGUGGGCAGCCCGGACCCGUACCGCACGCCCCCAGACCGUGUGUCCUAUGUGCAUGUUGGCAAGGGUUCUGAUGGCUCCCUCACCGUCACGCCUGUACGCGCUGCGUCAUCCAAGCCGAACAUGCACCAGAACCUUACCCAGGAGCAAGAACGCCAGACACGCAGCCCGUCGCAGCAACAGCGGCAACAACACCAAGGGCUUGAUGGCGUCUCAGCUGCUGGCAUCGGUGCGGGAUUUGGCAUGCACGCUCCCGGCGCAAACUUGCCCGGGCUACCUUCCCUGUUCCCUGCAAAGGCUGAGGAUCCACCGUUUGCGCUGUUUGUGUCCGUAUAUGGGCACGUGCUGCUACAACCAGUGCCUUCUUCUGACCCGGUGCCUGACGGUGGCGAAGAAGAGCACAGCAAAAGCAGCAGCAGUAGUAGCACCAGCACCAGCAACAGCAAGACUCGGCCGCGUUGUCCAGCCGACGGCGGCGCCCCACGGGACGUUCACCUGGCAGAAAUAGCCCAGGGUGUUGCUUCAGAACUCGAGGCUCGCGUGCGGGCUGCACAAGCCGCGCUGCAGCGGAGCCAAGCCAGCCUCUCCUCUGUCAUGCUUGCUGCUUCACGCGCCCCAACCAGCAACGAACACGUGCAGCUGGAGGAACACAUGCACAUGGGCAAGCUGGCAUACACAGCGUGUGUUGAGCGGCUAGCGGACGUGUUUUGCCUCUCGUCAACCCUGAAACAUUUCCUGCGCAACCACCGCAACCUGCUUGCCGCAAGCACCAAGGCAAGGCUGGUGCUGCCCACACCUGCAUUUGAUCGCAACUCUCGCUUCGCACACGCUGUGCUGGAUCGCCUGCUGCAGCUACUGCCGGCACGAGUGCAGCAGCACGACGAGAGCUCACGACGCCCCACGGUUCCUGGUGAAACACAACGGAUCUCACCCGACAUGGAUGCCGACACUGCUGAAGGCGGCGCUUUGUGCACGCUUACCGUUGAUGAGGCGGUGCAGCUGUAUUUUGGGCUGUGCUUGCAGGCAUCGUCGGCAGUUGGACAAGCUGUGGUGGACGUGCUGGUGCGAGCCGUCUCCUUUUCCGUUGCCGAGUGGAACAGGCUGGUCCUUAACAUCUUGCAGCAAGCACCAAACCACAGCCUGAGCCGCCGCAUCGUCAACGACGCCGUGUGCUUGAUGCAGGCAAGAGGCCUCGCUGACACCUCCGUGCACAACCGCCUUCUCCAGGAUCUGCUUGAUGACGUUGAGCGCGCGGGCGUCUCCGCUGCACGCCGAUACCUUCCUGGUGCACUGUACGCGUUCACCCAGGCCAUGCCGCGGCUGGAGGGGCGACGACGCUCACGACCCGACGCUACGCACCCCUUGCCUGACAAGCAUGCCACGCCGCACUGCGGCAACCUGCCCUGCGUCGUUGUCACUGAGCAGAACACCCACCGCCGUGCUGCCCUGUACGCUGCGGCGCAUGCAACCGUGACAGAUGCGAUGGCUGCGCUGCGUAACAUUUGGGAGGUGAACGACCAAACCACCGUAUCGCUGACGAUGGCUGACGAGCACGACCUCAAAGGCGACGAAACAGUGUCGUUUCUGCUGCAGCGACAGCACCAGCAGGCGCAUGCGCAGCACGCAACCCACAGCGAUGGUGAUACACACGGCCCGCUGAUGCUGUUCCUUCGUGCUCGCUGCCAUGUGGCCAUCCCAGCUGCUGCGACUCACUCACCAGCAGCCAAAGCGGCCGCAGCAGCAGCGUCAACCAUGGUCGCCUCGGGCAUGGGACGAGCCACGACCAAGGGCGCCGCAUCAACACAUGGCCGCGCUGGUCGCAUACAGCCCGCCACAACCCUGCGUGCACGCUAUUCUUUUGUGGGUGAGUCAGCCAUUCCCCUCUUCAGGGCCGUGCCCGCCGCUUCUUUACGUGGCCCUGCACUCAAUGCGCCAUCAACCGCAUCAUCAUCGUCAUCCUCUCCCUCCUCCUCCUCCUCCUCCUCCUCCUCCUCCUCCUCCACGGCGCCAAUCGUUGGGCAAGUGGAACCCGGCGACGUGCUGCGUGUGCUUGUGUGUCAAGGGUCAUGGAUGCGCGUGGAAGUCAAGCGCGCCACAACGCCAGGGCUGGUUGACGGCUGGCUGCCCAUCAGCACGGCAGCGCCCAUGCUUCGUGUCGUUCACACGCGAGAGCGCAUGCAGUGGUUUGUCGUCACGCAAGCCGCUGCACCCGCGCUUGAACUGAGGAAUGCUGCGCGCAUCACGGCGCCAGUGCUUGCUCGCAUGCUGCCGGGUGAUAUCCUGCAUGUUCGCCGGGUUGUGUCCGGCUGGGCCGAGGUACCCUGGGGAGCACGCACGGCAUGGGCGCCCCUCGCCUUGGAAGCGGUCCAACAACGCAACAAGAACGCUUCCUCUGAGGAGGCAGCCACACCUGCAGACCUGACUGUCGGGGCGAGCCGCUCCGCCACCAGCAGCAUCGGCAAAAGCGGUGGCAGUGGGAGCACAACGACACGAGGCAGCACGCCGCUGCUCAAGCCCAGGUCAAAAAGCACGGAUGCUGCCGGCUCACUGUGGUCAACGCACCUCGUACUGAAGGUGUGUCUGACGCGGGAAAGCGGUGCAGCCCGCCAUCGCGUGCCCUCUAAAGCUUCCGCCAACACACCAUCGGCCACCGGCCCAUCAGCAGUGAACCCGCAGGACAGAGACACGGCCAGAGACAGGACAGAAGCGCCACCCUCCGCGUUUGAGCACCCACCUCGCCCUCACGAAGAGCUGCACGAGACGUGCGUGUCAGCGUUGAUGACUGUUGCCGCGUUCUUGUUGAGGCUGUGCGCUGCGCAUGGGCUGGACGUGGCGAAUAUGGAGGUUGUAAACGAGGGCGGGCGCGUGCUGCCCGGGUGGCUGACGUUUGGCAUGCUGCGUCUCGCAACAGGGGAUGUGCUACACGUGCGUCCCCGCCCGGCCAUCCGCCAACAGGAAGCGAUCGUGGAUCCGUUUGUUGCCGUCAUCCUUGCAGUUGAUGCUCCAGUGCACAGCGGUACAGACGCGAGUGCCACCGGGCAACCCCGCAACGGCGCUGCUGGCCCGCUCUCUUCCAGUGAGGAGCAUGGCAUGUACGUGGUGCGCCUGCUUCGCACCGCGUGUGUAUACUCCGCGUGCGACUUGCUGCAGUUUGCACACGGUGAUGCAUUGCCUGCCGCCGUCCUGACUUGGCGUGGGCGCGUGCUCAACGCACACGACACGCCGGCCUCCCUCGACAUGUGUGAUCUUGCUCUCGUGCACGUAACGCGGACCGCCCCCUCUGACAGGAACGUCAUUCAUGGUUACGACAACCUGAAAAUCAGCAACAAAACAGCAACAGCAGCAGCAACAACAACAACAACAACAACAACAAUACCGGGUCAUGUGUACGGUCGCCAUGAAUUCCGUCGCACACGAGCCCCAAUCGCUGACGAAGAAGCCGGCUCUGGCCUGGCCCAUGCCGCCGAUCGCGUUGGCAGCGUUGGCAGCAGUGACAGCGCCAUUGUUGCUCCUGCCACUGUUCCUGACCAAGCCGAAGCUGGUCCUGUGCGCGUGUUUGCGUUGAUGGCAUCAAGCGCGCUCUUGCAGCCGCUAUCUCGAGACGUGUUGCUGUUGCUGGCGGACCUGCUCCAGCGCAUCAGCGGUGGGUGCUCCUGGCGAUCCAUCAUGUGGGUGCUGACGCAUGAUGCCAUGCCACGGUUCUUGCGCGGCAUUGCACAGAGCGAGGACGAGGAUCUGCAAGGGGCAGUGGCCUCGUUGCUGUCGACCCUCUGCCGCGCCGUGCAGCCGCCGCUUGCUGACCCGCGGUGCAGUGACCCUUCGGUGGUGCAACUCCUACACCCGGUGCCGCUGCACACGCACUACGCGCUUGUGCAGGAUGUUGUGUACCAGUACCUCCGGGCCUGUUCCCACUCGCGCCUGGUGUCGACGAGCGCGCUGCCGUUCCUGUUGAACGUGCUCAUGCCUUUGCACGACCGAGGCGCGCCACUGCGCGUGGACUGGCACGAGCACACGCUGCUGCCGUCCAAGCCAACACAGCAGCACCGGCCGUGGACGUGCAUCUCCUGCCGCAGCGAGCACUCGGGCCUGGCCCGCGGCGUGCCCCGGUUCAGUUGCGCCAAAGGAUGCGACUUCCACCUCUGCCCCAGCUGCAUCCCGUACGGCCCGCCCGACCGCCCCGGACCCGUCAUCUCCGCCGGUGCCCUGGACACGCUGUUUGCGGCGCUGUCGCAGAGCACCGCGCGCCUGAAUGCGCCAACGGAUCACCAGCUGCGCAUCAUUGCGUUCAGCCUGGCACAGCGCGCGGACCCUCAGGAGGUCGCCCGCAGCCGCGCCUUUUGGCAGUGCGUGAUGAGCUGUUGCCAGUCCCCGGACGAGGCGUUGUCCCUCCACUUGCGGUCGGUGAUCCGCACAGCUGUUGUGCGCCUGCUUGGGGUACAGGUGAUUUGCCUGCAGGCAAUGCAGUCGCUGCUGCGGUGCGUUGCCGAAGCUGUCCGGCGCCUGCAAGACCGCGGCUCCAUGCUGCUGCUUGACCUCGUUCACUGCGUGACGCUGCCUGCGUCCACACGCGUCCUGCUCACGGCGCCACCGCUCCUGCGCCUCGUGGUUCGAUGCGCCGUGGCCGUGCUUGCCACCCAGUCGCUCGCCGUGGAGACCACCUCCGACACCUUUGCGAGGUGGAAGGUGGCCCUGCUGCAGAAUGUGCACCAAAUCCUGCGCAGCGUCAUGCAACGCGCCACCACCACCUUUGUUCGAGACCUUUGGACCUGUCAGCGGUGGGCACCGCCGCGCGAUGCACCCGCUGGCGAUGGUGCUGGCGAUGACGUGGGUGAACCUCCCAUGGACAUGUUCUCACCCACGUCUUCACCAGUGCCCUUCAGCACCGAAUCCCCAGACCGGCAUCAGAGCUACAAUGGCGCUUCACGUGCCACGUUCCUGGAGAAGGUGCAGUUCUUGCUCACGUCCCUCGUGUACCUGAGCCCGCCACCGGCCCACGCUGUGCAUCGCGCCCUCACCGAACACACGGCCGCGUCGUUUCCACAACACCAAUCGCGCGCUUUUGCUGUUGGAUCUGCUGCUAGCGCUGCCGGGCAGGUGGGUGCAACCCUAUUUGGGAUGGGAGCACCAAGUGCGCAAGUGUCGCGGCGCGUGUUGAAGUCCCUCACCGCCAACCGACCUGGUGCGCAGCAGCAGCAGCAGCGGUCGCGGCAGCCGCUGGCAGCCUCCAUGGCGAACCUGCAGCAAUUGCUUCGCGGUGGGCGCGGUGAUGGCGGCGAAGGCAGUGCCGGUGCGAGUGCUGAGGAUGACGACCUCAGUGGCGUGCGUGCAUCCUGGGUGAGGCUUGGCCUUGGUGAUGGCCUUGAUGAGGAUGAGCCAGGCCAAUCAUGGGCGACAGACAAAGCAGGCACCGCAGACAGCACGAGCCAUGGCAGCGCUGACAGCGCUCGCCGUAUCAGUCUUGCAGGUCAGCGCGUGGAAGUGCCGAAACUGCACGCGUACUCGUCACUUGUGGAAGCAGCACACGCUGCCGCUGCUGCAGCGCGUGACGCAGACCAACAUGGCGCAGACGAUACGUCUGUUGGCAACAACAGCAGCAACUACUUGGACGUGCUGCUGUUUGACAUGAUCCUGCAGCUGAUUGGCGAGGAUGAGGCUGCGGCAGCAGCCUGUGUUGGAGUGCUAUUCCAGGUGGCCAACGCUCGAUUGGUGCAAGUGAUGGAGUCGCCGCUCAUGUCACUUUUGCUGCUGCUCCUGCACAAGGACCAAGCUGUGCUCAGCUUUGUGCAACAGCACCGCGGCCUUGAAUAUGUGCUGUCUCUGCUUGAAGCGGUGCCCGUGGAUGCGACGUGCAUGGUAUGGCAACCAGGCACAAGCACCAUGGCCGUGCGCCUGGCAGACAGCUUGCAAGCCAUCUCUCUGCCAGCGUCCGAGGGCUGGAGGAGCGGUGAAAGCGCACUGAAGCUGCUACUCUGCAUGACAGACCCCGCACGCACGUCAACGACAGCGCGCGAUGCCGUUGCGCACAGCCCGUUGUUUCCACAGCUCCUGCGCCGUGUGUUGUCCCUGGUGCCUGUGCUGCCCCAGACAGCCGCGCGAGCGCUGCAGCAACUGUGCAUGUGUUCCCAGUAUGGCGCAGCUGAGCAAGCCGCGUCCGCCUUGCUCACCCGCCCACUCACUGCAACCAACGUCAAUGCUCUUCGAGUAAUCAUGCUGCGGCCGCGUUGCGCGGGACCCGACCCAGGUUCAGGCGUGCAAGGCUCAUCAGCGCCGUCAAAGCAAUCAACCACAACGCCCAUGCCAGCGGCGGCAGCAGCAGCAGCAGCGACAAACGGCAGCACAGCCACCGUGACCACCACCACCACCAUUACCACCACAACGCGUCAGUGGCUGCAGGAAGUUGUGUACGCCAUUGUGCACAGCGACACGCCGCCAUCGGCCAGGUCUCCACCGUCGCCGACUCCUUCGACAGCAGCUGGCGGCGUGGAAUCCCAGCUUGAGCUGUGUCGCGUGCUGCGGGCUGGCAUCCACCAGCUGCGCAACACCGCUGAGGACGUGGCUGCCCUUCGCACCCAACUCCCUCCUCUGCUGCUGGACCCAUCAGCCCUGGCCAGGAAGCUCUUGUCGUGGUCUCUCGAGGCCCUUUCCAGCGCUGGACUUGUUGGUAGGGACGAUGUUGAGGCCCCUGGGGAUGAUGCACGCAUGCUCGAUGAUGCUGCUGAUGCUGCAAUUGCAGCCGUGUGGACCAUGCUGACCGUUUCUAGCCAGCAGUCCGCCCCGCUUCCUGUCGAGGGCGAAGCACCACCGCCUCCAUCACGCCCAUGUCACAGAGGCACAGCCUGCGAACGGGACUGUGCUGGCUUGGAGACUGUGUCUGAUGCCAUACAGUCGUCAUUGCUGGCAGCAGGCGCGCUGCACCGCGGAAGUGCGCCCGCCUUUGCCAUGGGUGAUUUCGCGUCCGUGGUUGAUUAUGAAAGACAUGUGCGCGAAUUGCUUGUGCCGGGGAUGCGGGUGCGGCUGCUUGGGUCGGCUCGCACCGCCACGUACGAGGUGCCCACGGGCACCAUCGGCACAUUCGUCUCACACAGCACAGGUGUGCUGUUUCCAGCAGCCACCCGCAACAGCGACAGCCACGGCGACGGUGGUGAGAGCGUGGGGCGCACGGUGGUUGUGCAUCGCGCGUCGAUGGCUGACCUUGAAAUUGUUCAUGCACCGCAGCAGCUGACAGUUGGCGAUCAGGUGUUCGUGGAAGUGUCUGCCAUGUCGGACGCGCAGCGGCUGGGGUUUGUAUGGCGGCCCUGGUACCACUCCCUGCUCGGCAAGCUGGCCACCGUGGUGAGCAUUGACCCUGGAAACAGCGUGACCGUCACAGCCGGUGGCAUUCGCGCGGUUCUGCCUCCCCACUCUGUGACAUUGCUGCCGCAGGAACGCACAACAGGGGUAUCGGCGGCGUCGCUUCACCUGGCAGCCCUGCGUGCAUACGUUGGUGCGCUUGCUGCCCUCGCUCAGCUUCCAGUGCAUGCUGUACCUUCUUCUCUGCCUGGAUCACCUGUGUCAUCCAACAAGGACAGCGCGUUUGCCGCCUCAGUUCCUGUGGCAGAGUGGCUCGUGGUGACUCUGCUGCAUCCCUCGGCGACCGAGAGUGCAGCAAGCGCGUGCAGGCGUGCGCGGGUGCUCGCAGCCCUGUGCACGUGCAGCCGCGCAGUGCUGGACGCGCUGCUUGAUGAAUCAAGGCCAUACAUGAGCACGCUCUUCCUGGACUUCGCCAGUCUGUGUCGUAUGCAUCCUCAACCAGAGAAUCACGCUGCGCCCACAGCCACUGACAACACUACAGCAGCACCAGCAUUGGCAUGGGAAGAAGAGGAGGAGGAGGAGGAGGAGGAGGAGAAGGAGGAGGAGAAAGUAAAGGAAGGGAAAAACGAAGAACGCGAAGCAGAAAACGACGAAAGGGAUGAGGACGCACUAGCAACAACUGUGACAGGACACCGAAGCGCACAACCCAAGGAGGAGGAGCAAGCGGAAAGACGAGGGGGAGGAGAACGGCCCGCGCGUGCAGUGUUUGCACUUUCGUUCUUCGCAGCUCAGUGCAGUGCAAAUGCACGUGUACGAGCAUUGCUGCUGUCUCACUUCUCUGGCGAUGACUGUGCACGACUGCUGGUGACAGCGCCCACGCCGGUGUCCCGCCUGCCCUGGCCAGAUAGGGCGCGUGUUGUGGCCUUGCUGCCACUGCUUGUGAGUGCUCUGUGUACGGCAUCGCCCAAGUUUGCACGUGAGCUUGCAGGCAGCCGCCACAUGCAGCUUCAGAAGUGCACGCCGCUCGUCCUGGAUCGCCUGCUGAGCCUGCGCGCCUCCGUGCGCGUUGUACUGCACAUUGCCCCCAACGCUCCGGCUGUGGCGGCGCCGCUUGUGCCGCGAGAGUGGGUUGUGUCGCCACCGGAACACGGCCUGUGGUCUGGGCUGCAGCUUGCCGUGCCGGCAUCGUUAUCGCUUCAGCGAGUGGGCGUCAUCCUUUUCCCCGCUGCGCAGUCUACCCUGGCAAAGCGGGUGGGCUGCUGUGGCACACGCCUGCGCAUUGGUGGCCUCGAGGUGCAAGUGGGCGACCGCGUUGUGGUGCGGCGUGCCAUGUCGGAUCGCGCACAAGUUGGCCGCGUGGUUCGCCUGGAAAAGACGUUUGUCUGGAUCCAAACAGCAAGCGGGCUUUCAACCGUGUUCGUUUCUGAUGUGGCAGUGGGAGCAGUGUCCAUCCGUAGCGCAAGCUCGACGGACAGCGAUGUGUGUCACAGCGACGGCGGCCGCAGUGGCAACGACAACGGUGGUGGUGCUCAUGGCCAUGACGGCAAUGGCACGGCUGCCGGUUCUGCUGGCAAGACGACGAAGGCGAAGCAGGCACCGGAAGCGAAACCAGUCGGCAGUCCCUCACUGGCGCAUCUGCCACUGGGAGACUUGGCGCAGAUGUCCCCAGCUGAUGGGGCGCUGGUGCUGUGGUGCACGCUUGACGUGGAUGCCAACACUGGGCGCCCGGUGCUCACACCACGGCUGCCCUCGACACCGCCCAGCAGCACAAGCACAUGUGUUGAAGACACACCAGAAACCGCAGACCGCCAACACCCUCAGCGGCCACUUCCAAGGGGCUUGUUUGACGAGCUUGCUGCACACGACAAGCUCUACGAGCUCGUGCAAGCGGCUGCGUCCACGUUUCCCCCAGAUGCACGCCUGUUUGAGGAGGCCACAGGUGCUGAUGAGACCGUGGGUCUGACAAGUGCCCGUCAGGACACGCAGGCGUUUGUGCGUCAUGUGCGCGUGCUGGCUGACAUUCCGGGCUUUCUUGCCGCCGCGCUUGAGCACCGUGUGUUCCGAGCGCUGCUGGUUCGCCUUGUUGGAGCCGGUGUGUCGUCUGCGGAUGCUGAAUACUUGCAGUCGGGGAUGCACAUGCCAGACCACGUGCUGCGUGACAGCGCCGUGCGUGCGACAGAUGCAAGCGCGCUGCUUGACGGUGUGCUGUACAACCUGCUCAUGACCAGCAGCCGUGGCGCCGCCGCGCGUCCUGUUCAAGAGCACACGGAAGCGAUGAUGCGCACGCUCCUGAGCAGCGGAAUUGUGUACCACUACUGCGUGAGCGCAGUCUCUGCUGCCGCCGGCGGGGCAGAGAUGGAGGAGGACGCCGAUUCCACACAUUCGCAGACGUUUGAUGUGACACACCCUGCUGUCAAGAGAACCAACGCUGUGCAGGGGGAGGGCGCUGAGUUUGCGUUUUUCCUCGGCGUCACCUCACGUUCCACAGAGGAGGGCACUGCCAACGUUGCUGGGGCGCCGCCCUCGCUGCACCCGCAGCACUCAUCGUCAGCGACAGCAACGACGACAGUCAUCGGUUUCCCGACACCUGGCGGCACAAUCGCAGCCGGUAGUGGUGAUGGUGGUGGUGGUGGUAUCGGACGAGGAACAGCAGUGGGACGGGGGAGGGGGAUCAGCCCCCGCCGAGGUGGAGCACUCCCACUACAGGACGCCGCGGUGCUUCUUGGGCGCAGCGUCAACGAUGCCACUUCUGGUAGCAGCAUGCGCACCCAUGCCACCCCGCUGCCGUACUCGCUUCCAGGGUGGACCUCGGUCAGCCCCGGGUCCAGCCCAAGACAAGGGCGGCGCAACACAAAGGCGCGGCGAAAGCCGGACAGGGCGCCCCCGGCGCAGCGGCUGUUCCAUGAGCUGGUGGACCAGCGAGCACGCCUGCUUUCGGAAGCGAACUUGACGGUGGUUGGUGCGGUGACGACCGCCAAGCCGCUGCCGGCAUCUGCGCUGCGUGACUUCUACUUUGAGGUGACGCUGGCUGAGGCGCGCGAAGCAUUUGCCGCGAUUGGCGUGAGCGCGUUGCCCACGCUGACAAGCAUGGUUGGCUUUCAAGCCGGCACUUUUGGGUUUCACGCCUUUGACGGCUCGCUGCGGGCUGGACAGCUGCACUACAUCGCUCCCGGCCCGGACUCGUGUCCGCCGGGCACGGUCAUGGGCUGCGGCUUCAAGGCAGAUGAGCGGCUUGUGUACUUCACCCGCAACGGCUGCAUUGUUGGCGGCUACUCCGACCCCAGCGUGGCCCGGGCACGCUACCCGGCUGUCACAGGCCAGCUGGCGACGCUGGUCCUGCUCAACUUUGGGCAUGCUCCAUUUGUGUUCUCCAACCUGAACCGGCAGCUCAUUUCACGGGAGUACCUGGCGGAACGCGGCCUGCUGCACACGGUGGCGUCAUCACGGCCACAUUCGGAGCCAGACCUGUCGCUGUUUGAAGGCGGCAGCGGCAGCAGCGACCCCGGCGCGCUCUCGGGCAUGCUGCCUGCUGCCGGCUUGGGCAUGGGCAUGGGCGCGCACGGGCAGAUGCCCAGCUGGCGUGUGGACUUUGCUGCUGCGGAGCACGCAAAGUCGAUUGAGUCCCUGGUGUCGCACAUCCGCAUUCUCACGGCGUGUGCGAAGCAGGCACGCGUCAGCAACAACCGUAGGGUGCAGCGGGCGUUUGUGAUGGUGGUUGAGGAGAGUGGACUAUUGCAGGUUGUGCAGGAGUGGCUGCACAACGACAGCAUCAACGACCUGUUCCGCUACCUCAACGUGAACAAGGCGUUUGUGCUGUUUGCACGUGCGCUGUGCGCGUGUGACGACACAAACGUGAUGGCGCGGUGGCUGGAGUCGCCCCUGUCCAUGCUGCGCACGCUUGUGCACGACUACGAGCAAGUUGGAGCGCGUUUUGCCACACGGCCACAGCGCCAACUCAUGCACCUACUGCGAGUGGCUGCGGAGGAGGUUGAGUCUGCGCUCCGACACGCAUCGUCGUCGUCAUCGUCGGCACCGGGCAGGACACGUGACAGGCGCGGCAUGCCUGGCUCCGGCUCCGGCUCUGGCUCUGGUGCGGCCUCUGCGUCGUCGCUGUCGUCCUCGUCUGGGGCAUCGGCGUCCUCGGGUGUGGUGUCCCCGGCACCACUCACCUCGGCAACGUCCCUGCUCAGGUCGCCCUUCACAAGGCCGCGAGAUCACGACGGUGGUAACGACGACGACGACGACCAUGAUGAUGAUGAUGAUGAUGAUGAUGAUGAUGAUGAUGAUGAUGAUGAUGAUGAUGGUGGUGGUGGUGGUGAUGAUGAUGAUGGUGGUGGUGCUACCGAGCAACGGCAGGAUCGGCGUGUGCAUGGGGAGGGCUCCACAGGCCAGCAGCAGGAGGAGUCUCAUGUCGAAGUUGACGCCUUUCGGAGAGUCGAGGCACCGGCAGCUCCAGAACGCGUGCGGAUGACUCCUGAGGUCGCGCCACCUACAAGUGAGCGCGAUGAUGGGCACGGGCCUGCGGCACGCGACGAGCAAACAACAACAGAGUACAAGGGCACGGAUGCAGCCGGGAACGAACGUGGCGACAGACAAGUUGCAACACCUGCAACAACUGUGCCAACGACCACAAGACCUGCUGUUUCCACCACAACGUCAGAACCAAUGGCAACGAGCGAUGUGCCGGCAACUGUGGUUGCCGAUGCUGUCGAGUAUCGCCAACGUCUUGGACGGCAGCGCCUGCGCAUUGAGUCCAAGUUUCCCUCGACGUUCUCGCUAUCAUCUGGCGAGCAGCGGUCGGUGACGUCGCCUGCACUUCCGCGCCUUGGCCGCGAGCUGACAGACGCCAAGCGCACGCUGCCCUGUGACGCAACCAACGCCAUCUUCGUGUGCUGUGACGAGAGCAACUUCCACCGCAUGCAAGUGCUGAUCACCGGCGCCCGUGGCACCCCAUACGCCAACGGCUGCUUCCUCUUCGACGUCCUUUGUCCGCCCAACUACCCACACAAGCCUCCAACUGUGCGCCUGGUAACUACUGGCAACGGCAGCAUUCGUUUCAACCCGAACCUGUACAACAACGGCACGGUUUGCCUGUCGCUGCUCGGCACGUGGCGCGGGGACGGUGGCGGUGAGGAGUGGAACACGAGCAGCACGCUGCUGCAGGUCUUCACGUCGAUUCAGUCGCUCAUCAUGACGGAUGACGUGUAUUUCAACGAGCCCGGCUUUGACCACUCACGGCAGGCGCCGGAUGUGCAAGCGGUGAACAUGGGCUACAACAACAUCGUGCGCUACGGCACGGUGCGCUAUGCGAUGCGACAAACGCUGGAGUCCCCGCCCGAGUGCUUUGAGGACAUUGUGAGGCAGCAUUUCUACAUCAAGCGCCAUGAGAUUCGAGCCACUUGCCAGGCUUGGGUGCAGGACGCGCACGCAGCAGCAGCUGCUGCUGCAGCCGCCUCUUCGUCUUCUUCCUCCUCGUCGUCUUCGGCGACCGAUCCUGGACGGCGAGCACGGACGGUGGUGGCGGCGGCGUAUGCUGGGCUCACGAUGCAACACAAUCCUUACCUGAGCCAGCUGUUUUCGAGGUCGCACGCUGCAUAUGCCGAGUACCUGGAGCAGGAGGUUGGGCUGCUGCUUCAGGCGCUUGAUGUGCUGGAGCAUGAACUUGGCGAAGCGUUUGGUGGCAGCAGUGGGAGAACCGGCCCAGCCACAGGCCCAUCCACAUCCAAGAAAGAGCACCAGUAGAAUGGGAUGAUGGGAAUAGCCGUGGCUCUGUGUGUGUGUGUGUGUGUGUGUGUGUGUGUGUGUGUGUGUG